UUACUUCAACAGACCUUAAGAAAUAUCUAACCACCAUUUCCGAUUGCAUCAACAGAAAUUCAAAAGAAGCCGCAAAAGAGAAGCUCAAACAAAAUGCUUCUCAGCAGCAAACCCCCCUCAGUCAUCAUCCAAUCUUUCACUUCCACGAAACCUAAUUUCAAGCGCUUUCCGAUCACUGACAGAAGCAGCUACAUCUGCUGCAGCAGUAUUACUCCAAAGAGGAGAAGAGGAGGCAUGUCUGCUUUUGAAGCUCGGGUCUCUCUCGUCCUCGCCCUGGCCGCCCAAACAUCCUCCCUCUCUCAGCGACUUCUGACGGAUUUGGCGACCGAAACUGUUAAAUAUGUAUUUCCGCGGAGGUUCGAGAGUCGGAACUUAGAGGAAGCUUUGAUGGCCGUUCCAGAUCUUGAAACAGUGGAAUUUAAGGUUUUGAGCCGGACAGACCAGUAUGAGAUAAGAGAAAUUGAGCCUUACUUUAUAGCAGAGACAACAAUGCCUGGGAAAUAUGGAUUUGAUCUCAAUGGUGCAUCACAAUCCUUUAAUGUCUUAGCCGAGUACCUGUUUGGUAAGAAUAAAACAAAGGAGAGAAUGGAGAUGACUACCCCUGUUUUUACUAGUAAGACACAAUCUGAUGGAGAGAAAAUGGAAAUGACAACUCCUGUGAUAACAAGGAAGCAGGAAGGUCAAGACAAGUGGCAGAUGUCUUUUGUCAUGCCCUCGAAAUAUGGUUCCAACCUGCCAUUGCCCAAAGAUCCAUCUGUGAGGAUCAAAGAGGUGGAAAGGAAAAUUGUUGCUGUCACUGCCUUUUCAGGCUUUGUCACUGAUGAAGAGGUUACACGUAGGGAAUCAAUUUUAAGAAAUGCUCUAAAGAAUGACCCUCAGUUUCAAAUAAAAGAUGGUGCAUCAGUUGAAGUUGCUCAGUACAAUCCACCAUUUACGCUUCCAUUUACUCGUCGCAAUGAGAUUGGUUUGGAAGUUGAAAGGAAAUUAGAGUAGUGAACAUAAAAUAUUUAGUGAUUUUGUAGUACCAAACUUGCAUAUUUUCCUUGUAACACUGGCAAAAUUCCCUCACUUUAUCAGCCCUCUGUAAAAGCCUUGCAAUUGAUGAUGCAUACACUAUGUUAAAAAUUAUCUUCCUGCACUUAAUGGUAGCUGAACUAGGUUGUAUAUAACACGCAGAUUUUGUUCUGUCUUAGCCAUAGUAAUUGGCUUCAGAACCUAUGUAUAUAAUUCCAGAAAAAGGUUGAUGAUGCAGUUUCUAUUA